UUCAUCUUGCAACGAUGAGCACCCAACGCCAUGAUACCGGGGCGGCGAAUUUGGAUUCAGAGCCAUGUUCCCACGAGGAGGGUGCUCAAAUCCCCGGGGCUACCCCCCAUGAAUCAUCUCAAGACCAGAAGCAACUUGAGUUGACAGUGGUCCCAUCGAAUAUCGAUCGUUCAGCUUCAAUGCGAUCGACUGAGGACGGCGCGCAAAAUGGUGGCGACGUCGGCGACGACGACGAUACGCAUUCGAUCAGCGGCCAACGAAAUACUAUGACGUCAAAACAGCUUCGAAUUGCGAUACCAGCAUUAUCAGUGUGCUUAUUCGUGUCUUUCAUCGACCAGACGAGCGUUUCGACAGCGACCCCCGCUAUUGCUGGGGAUCUCAAUACAGGCACUGCAACUUCAUGGAUCGGUACAUCAUUUCUGAUCGCUUCGACGGCAUUCCAGCUCAUCAACGGGAGACUGUCUGAUAUCUUUGGACGCAAGGGUUUACUGUUGUUAUGCCUUGCACUUCUGGCCCUGGGGGAUUUAGGAUGUGGUUUCGCGCAAACGGCCCCACAACUGUUUGUACUUCGCGCAAUUGCAGGUAUCGGAGGUGGAGGAGUUAACAGUUUGGUGAUGAUCAUUGUCAGCGAUAUCACAACACUGCAAAAUCGUGGCAAGUAUCAAGGCUGGCUUGGUGCAGUAAUCGCACUCGGGAACGGCAUCGGCCCCUUCUUGGGCGGCGCUGUUGUCCAAGGCGGAUCGUGGAGGUGGGUAUUCUGGAUGAUGCCCAUCAUGACAUUACCAACUGUCGCGGUUCUCAUAUUCUUCCUACCUCUGAAGCAUACAUCAAGCCAAACCAUGGAAAAGAUCAGGAAAAUUGACUACGGCGGCAUUGUCCUCAACAUCGCAUCAACACUUCUCCUACUGGUUCCGCUGUCAGGAGGUGGCGUUACGUACGCUUGGUCGUCCCCAUUCUUCGUUGGAGCCACGGUAGCUGGCGCAGUGCUGACAUUCAUGUUCUUCAUCUACGAAUGGAAGUUUGCUUCACUCCCUAUCAUGCCGCUUCGAUUAUACCGCGCCCCUCACUGCUGGGCACUAUACUUGCAGUCUUUCUUGACCGGCCUUGCCUACUUUGGAAACUUCUUUUACCUCCCUAUAUACUUCCAGUCCAUCUUGCGGUAUUCCCCGCUCGUGUCUGGUGCGUUGAUAUUACCCAUCAUCAUCACCACGUCUUUUGCAUCUAUUGCGAGCGGUCAGUACAUGUCACGAGUAGGCAACUAUAUGCACUGCAUCCUCGCUGGAUUCGUUCUCUGGACUCUCGGGAACGGCUUAACGCUUCUUUUCAGUCGAACCACUGGUCUAGCUGUGCUUAUCGUCGUUCUCAUCGUCGAAGGAGCUGGUAUCGGCCUAACUCUCCAGCCUACACUUGUAGGCAUGUACGCCAACAGCCGUACUGAAGAUCGUGCAGUCACAACGGGGCUACGCAACUUUAUCCGCACCAUCGGUGGAGCCUUCGGACUAGUCGUCUCUGGCGUUAUCCUCUCCAACACGUUACGCAAGGGCCUGGUGCAGGAAAGUUACAUGUCAAACAGCCUAUUGACCGAACUUACAUCCUCGACCUAUGCGCUCGAUGCCCUAAAUCUUUCGUCAGACCAGAAAAACCAGAUCCUGGAUGUAUAUAUGCUGGGGUUGCGAUAUAUCUUUGUUUUCUAUCUCGUGUGCUCUGGUCUGAGUUUGCUGCUUACAGUCUGGGUUGGGAACACUACUCUGAAGGCACCAAAGCCUGUGGAAGACGAGGAGACGGGCACAUCGAAUGGCGAUCAGAGCAUACCUCCGACCCCGGAUAUAUCAAAGGAAGCCAUACAGACUGAUGGAAUACCUGUCGCGAAUGAGAAAGGGUCCAUGCAGGAGACCGAGUCAAAUAAUGAGUAUCGCUCGUAA